AUAGUGAGACGACACGGCGGCGACCGCGGAGGUGCUGGCACGCUCGCCGGUCAGUCUACCGGCGCCUUUGGCGUGGAGAGGGUUGUCGACCGGGCGUAGUGCGGCGUGGUGACGAGUGUGGCGCAGGAUGGCGCUCACACGCUGGCCCCGUGGAUUCCACGGACUGGUGCCGGUGACUCUGUUGGUGGUGGUGGUGAUGGUGCUGAUCACGAGUUUUUUAAUCCUCUCCAGCGACAACCGCUGGGGUUUUGAGGACACACCUGCCACCGCCACAAGAAUGCGCGACUGCUACCGAGGCCUGCAGAAAGAAUACUACAAAGAAGUACCACGUGACACCAGCCCGGAAGCGGAAAACUUUCGGCGAAAGGCGUGGCGACUAACCGCGGCCGUGGUGCGAGCUCUCGAUAAAUUGCACGUGCUGCACUGGCUCGGAAGUGGCUCACUGCUAGGUUUCGCCCGUCAAUGCGACAUCGUGCCAUCGAUGGGCGAUGUCGACAUUGAAAUCGCCGUCGAGAGUCUCUGGAAACAGAACAUCACGGUGGACCACCUCCUGAAAACGAUCAGGGCUGAAGGUCCACGGUUGAAACUUUUGUUUGGAAGGCCAGAGGACAGCCUUGAAAUGACGCUCGUGGAUGAUUCAGGAACCAAGUUGGAUUUGUUUUUCUCGUACCCGGACGCCAAUGGCACGAGGUUUACUAAUGGAAUGGACUCAGGAACAUUAGAAAGAUACAAGUGGCCGUACCCGGACUUUGAGCUCUGCUGGUCGCUCCUGGACGGUCUGCGUAUCGGCAUUCCCUGCGAGCCCAACCACUACCUCCGGAUCGCCUACGGGCCGGACUGGGCUUCACCUCCUCAGAAGAAGUGGGACUACCGCACCGGACGCUUCAACGUCGUCAGGAACGGGUACUGGCCCGAGGAGAUGCGGGACGAGGUGUUCCAGACCUUUGAGGUCUGAGGUCGAGUGGGGUUUGGAGAUGUGGUAGGUACUGAUCCAGGUGAUGGUGGAUGGUGUAAGGGUCAAUAUUGGAGCUCCAAGGAGGACACGACACGAGGACUAGUGGUUAAGUUCGAGCUCUAAUUCUACGUGUAUUCUGAGGAAAGAGUUGCCGAGCUCCAGCAGUCAGCUGUGGUGCUCAAAGUCAUCGAUGCUGUUGCCUCGAUGGCGAUUGAUUGAUGACCCAGGAUUAGUGGCCGGUGGUCCAAGGCCAGUAGGACCAGUGGUCGAUGACUAAAUGGUCAGAGAGUGACCAGGACCAGCGGUCGAUGACCAAAGGACCAGCGGUCGGUAACCGUUGGUCUAAUGUGGUGACUGGUAUCCAGAGGUGAACGUAAGGCUGUUUAUAGGUCCAGUGUUAUAUGCGAUGGAUGGUGUUAUGUGUUAUGUGUCGCGUUAUGUGUGACGCAAGAUGAACCUCAUGUAUUCGAAGAGUGGGUAGGACCGGAAAGUCUUUUUUCUUUGAGGGAUUCCUUGCAUUUGCAUGCUAGAUGAUGUCCAUGUCGGGUAAAAAAAAAACUUGGUGACGUCUUUAAGCGGCAUAUGCAAGCAUGCUAAUUUUCAGUCAGGAUACGUUGAUGUAUUUUUAAGGGGUUCUUAGAACUGUGGGAUGAAAACCAUUGUAUAGUAUGCAUUAUGAAAUACCUUUGCUUUUCGCGUCUGUGGUGUACAUAGAAUGCCUUUAUGUCUUCAUUGUGGCGUAGAAAUGUGUUUCAGAAUCAGCGUUUCGCGUCUAGGUUCCUACAUGAGGUCAGAAGCAGGCACCUCCUAAAACAACACUUUUUUGGUCUUGCAUGUAACUUGUUUUAAACCGUGCUGUAUGUCUUGUUAGAACAUUUAAGUUGGAAGCCGUUCCAAUAGUGUUGCUCCAUCUGCCACAUGAAAAUCUGCAAAAGCUUUACGUUACAUCACUGGACGAUCCAGGGGGUCAUUUGGGGCAAAUGCUCGUCCACGCAGCGCUCGAAAUCGACAAAAAUUUAGGCUUUUAUAAUAAUAAAACUAACGUCAAAGCAACUUUUAUAUGAAAAAGUAUGUUUGAAACUGCACAGAAGUGCGUAUAGAAAUCGAGAUACGAUGAGUUUGUGGAAUUUGUAAACACUUUUGGGGGUAUGCCCCCCCCCAGCGUUCAAACCUGCCUUUCUCGACCCGCCAGUGUGCUACAUGCUAUACAUGAUUAUACAAUACACUGAUAAAGAUUGCGCUAUCAUGCGAGCGUCCGCGCAUGGCUGUACUCUAAGCUCUUGAGUUUGCUAUUUGUUUGUUUGUUUGUUUGUUUGUUUGUUUGUUUGUUUGUUUGUUUGUUUGUUUGUCAAGGUCUGGAGUUUGUCAAUUUUAAAGGUUAAAACAGGGGUUUUAAGUAAAGUAUGUAAGAUGAUUUGGUGUGUGACUUUGGUGACAACAAAUACUAUCACGUUUUACUGUUAUUUAAGACAAUGGACAAUAAGACAGCGCCGUGGCGCUCACCUGGAGCACAUUGUGGAGCGUCAGUAAAACACACACUGUACUAAAAGUAUUCGUAGUGAAGACUUGAAACUUGGUGGAUGUAUGCUACAUAGGUGUGACCUUAAGUGGCCGAAGUUUGGUGAUGAUCUGAAUAAAACUUCCGAAGUUAUUCGAAA